GCCCGUGCGCGCCCACUGCUGCAGUUCGUAGAGGCGGCGGCGGUGGCGGCUGCGGGCAACGCGCGGGGCGCGGGACGCGGGGCGGAUAGCCGUCGGGGCCGGGGCGGCUGGCAGUGGGCACAGGCUCCCCGGUGCCCGCCCCUCCGCCGGGAGGGGGGCGCGAGCGGGCGGCCGGGGAGGGGCCGGCACCUCCACGGCAAAAUGAGCCUGCUGUCUGCCAUCGACACGAGCGCCGCCUCGGUGUACCAGCCAGCCCAGCUACUCAACUGGGUCUACCUGUCGCUUCAGGACACACACCAGGCUAGUGCCUUCGAUGCCUUCCGGCCCGAGCCGCCCGCCGGCGCCGCGCCCCCGGAGCUGGCCUUCGGCAAGGGCCGCCCGGAGCAGCUGGGUUCUCCCCUGCACUCCAGCUAUCUUAACAGCGUCUUCCAGCUGCAGCGCGGAGAGGCACUGAGCAGCAGUGUGUACAGGAACGCUUCACCCUAUGGCUCCCUCAACAACAUCGCAGAUGGCCUCAGCUCCCUCACCGAGCAUUUCUCAGACCUGACGCUCACCUCUGAGGCCCGCAAGCCCAGCAAGCGGCCUCCUCCGAACUACCUGUGCCACCUGUGUUUCAACAAAGGACACUACAUUAAGGAUUGCCCUCAGGCACGCCCCAAAGGCGAGGGUCUGACGCCGUACCAAGGCAAGAAGCGCUGCUUUGGCGAGUACAAGUGCCCCAAAUGCAAGAGAAAAUGGAUGAGCGGGAACUCCUGGGCCAACAUGGGGCAGGAGUGCAUCAAGUGCCACAUCAACGUGUACCCGCACAAGCAGAGGCCCCUGGAGAAACCUGACGGCCUGGACGUGUCUGACCAGAGCAAGGAGCACCCGCAGCACCUCUGUGAGAAGUGCAAGGUCCUGGGCUACUACUGUCGUCGCGUGCAGUGACCUUGGCCACCACUGUAGCACCUCUCGGCUGCCACUUCCCUGUGUUGCCCAAAGGGCUGGAUGUCCCCAUACUUGAGGAGACAUCACAGGCCUAUGGGACAGAGGAGGCUUGUGUCCUUGUCUCACACACUGACAGAGUAGCUGACAUGCUCCCAACAGGGUGCAGAGACAGGAGGCUCAGGGACUCUUCACCAUAGGCCUGGGCUCUGUUAGAAGGACAGAGGCCAGCAGAGGUCUUGAUGUUCCUGCGCGCUCUCUUCCUGUGUCUUUGGGGCUGAGCGACCUUGUACACUAAGUGAACUGUGAAUCCUGAGGCCUGUGGGAAGCUCUCCCUCCAAGACCAGCCAGGCCCUAUCCCACCCAGCACCUUGCAGCUUCCCUCGUAUGAAAAAACCACUUUAGGAAGUCCCAUGCCAGUCCUGGACUGUAGUUAUGAUGGGCAGUCACUUGUUCUCACAGCUACUGAGGAGUGGCCCUCUGUCCCUGCCCACACUCACCCCCUAAUCUGACCAGCCCUGACAUCACUGCAUUGCGCCUGGUAGCUAAACACAGCCUCCCUCUGCCAAUGAGACAGGUAGGCAGUGAGGCAGGGCAACACUGAACAGUGUGCCAAGACAUUUAGGGACACCAGGCAUCACCACUUCCCGUGACCUCCCCUAGACUGUCCCGUAGGCUUGGGUUCUGUCAGCUGCUCUCUGUCUCUUCACCCUUAGCUUCCCACCCAUGUCCGGGAUGCCACCCCACAGAAGCCUUAAGGCUGUUCUGGCCUGAAGGAUGCAGGCCCUGGCAUUCUGGAGCCGCUUUCUGCCACUUGGGACAAGGACAUCUCAUCUCCAGCGUUAGUUUCCCCAUUAGUUAAGUGACAAAGUGUCACCAGAAAGCAAGAGGUCCCAGUGAUCUCUGACGUUCUAGAAGAGAGCUGGCUGACUCUGGAACACAGAGUGUCACUGAGGAUGGAGGUAGGGGGUGGGGGAGAUUUGUCUCUAGACAUCCAGGUGCCCUGCCCCCAACCUCUGUCCUGAUAGACACUUAGGAUGCGAGGCUGAGUGAUGUCAGGUCCUCUCCUGUAGCCCUUCUCACCUGAUGCUCCCAUCCCCCCCUCCUCCCCUUUCUCUUCAGCCCCUCACACUGGGCAAGCCUAUAAUGAGCCACAGAACCUCUCCUUUGGAAACCGGGGAUAGAGAUUUCCCACUUCCUAAGGAGGCAGUGAGAUUUCCUGGCAUGUCACAUGGUCCCAGGGUGGUGGUUGUCCUGGCCAGGGUCAGCGGUGCGCCCCCUACCCUGUGACAAGCCACACCUCUCCUGUCUCUCUCCUCUUCCCCAGCUGCCAGCCCUGAGUUGCUUGAUUUUGCCCCAUACUAUGCUUCUAUGGAGAGAGAGAGAGAGAGAGAGAGAGAGAGAGAGAGAGAGAGAGAGAGAGAGAGAGAGAGAGAUAUCAGACCAUGAAAUAGGCCUGAAAUUCAGUGUUUACAUAUGGUGCCCAGUUGCCCUUUGUUUUCAAAUGAAAAUGUUUUGUGCGACCGAGGAGUCAUGUGAAGUGUUAAGCAGGGGUCCAGGGGGUAAGAGGAAGAGAUGGUUGUGUGUCUGCAGCAGCUAGCUGCAGGGUGGAUUUUGGGAGAACAUACCCUCUGAGCACUUAACAAAGGUAAUAUCUUUGGUGGCCCAGAUUAUAAGCUGCCACCCUGCUGCCCUCGAAUGGCGGCAUGCUGGGCUACAGAUGGUGAGCGCCCAGCACCAAGGAUUCUCCAGGCUUGCUACUGUACCAGGGCUGCCCCCUACCAAGCUUCCUGCAGCUAGGAAAGGGCUUUUUCUGUUAGGCAUCCCACCGGGGCUCUAAAGAGUGUUCGCAGCAACAGAGACAGUGUACCUGGGUCCCAAAUGAGGACAAGUUGGGAAUAGGUAAACUGAGUCAAAGAUGUAAAUGACAGAUGCAAAAGAUGCUAGCGACAGUCUUCAGAAAGCCAGGUCCAGUAGAAGGUGAGCUAUUAGCUCACUAGACCGAUGUCCUGCAUAGCCACGCCCCGCUCACCCCAGGCAGCCCCUCCCUGGUCCUGCCUUAUGAUGCUUUGACUGAACUUGUGAUCUUCCUGAGGCUAGCAAAAGAUACCACUACAUCAAGGCUGGGUUCCGGGAGAGUUAAUGCUCAGAGGGCCUAGGAGGCCAGGGGACAAGAAAGCGUGUGGUUGUAGUGCACUCAAAAGGGACAAUCGCUUGCAGUGGGUAGAUCUAGCGAUCUAGUUGAGAGAGAAUGAUGUUUACCCCAUAUGAAGUAUUCAAUAGCUCUACUUGUGAAUUUGUAUUUAUUUUGAGUUAUACUUGACACAGAAUUCUUUUUUU